AUGUCGUCUUCUUUUGGAUCCGGACUAAAACGCUCCACUGGUUUUCUUUCCCGUGUGUUCCUUCUUUUAGUCUUUUGGUCCCCAAAAACAACAUCUAUUAUGGCGGCUCAUCAUUACGGUGUUUUACGCACCAACGUAGGAGGAGGACCUCAUGGGCUGGGUGACCCUGAUGAUCGUACACUGCGUCAAGUAGAGCGAGAAAUCAUGAUUCCUCAAAAAAUGAAAGAAAUUGCAAAAAAGGAAAACUGUAAUAAACAUGUUGUAGCUUUUGGAGAAUGUGCUAAGCAAUCUGGACUCUUGAUGCCCAUCCAGUGCAAAGAAUUAUCAAAAGAGUUACACACUUGCCUCUCCAAUAUGUACAAAGAUGAAGCAUUUAUUGAGAGAUGCACAAAGGAAUACUUAGACAGUCGUUCAGAAUACAGACGAACAGGAAUUAAGGAUAAGAUGAGGCGUAUUUGA